AUGAUGAUGAUCAUGCUCCCUCGUCCCCCUCCUCCCACCGCUACCACCGGAAUCGGAGGAGCAGUCAUAUCGGCGUCCACAAGAGUAGGCCUGACGGUUGUGCUUCCGGAAUUCGAGCCCCCGCCCAUGUACCAUCGACAGGACGAUGAAUAUGGACCUAAUCUACCGACUUAUGGCGAUAUCAGCAACAGUAAUAGUAACGUUGACGCCACGGAGGUGUUGGGAACGCACCAGGAGCAUUUGCAGGAACAAGGACAGACGGAAUCACCACUACCACUGCCACCACCGCCAGUACCACUUCUCUCGUCUACUGCCGCUGUUGCGGAUCCAGAACCAGGACAGGAUCAAGAGUCUUCCUCUUUGGAAGAGGUCAGGGUCCCUACCGUCUCGUCCACGCCAACACGUCCUACCCCGCCACUCCCACUCUCACAACCUCCAUCAGAACUAGAUUCAAAUCAGCAGCAGCUGUAG